AUGAGCUUGCAUGGACUCGGCGUGAUUGGGGCCCAGGUGGCCGCUUCCAUCAAAGGCAACGACGACAAGAAACCCGCCACACCUAAGAUUCCUUCUCCCCGGUGCUCCAUCACUUCCUCACCCGGUGCACAUAGCCCGGAUUUUGAUCCUUCUGUCGGUGCUAAGCCAUGCUCACCUUUCUAUCGCCACGGUAGCCCUACAAUUUCCUAUGAGCAACUCACGUACGAGGCCAAAAACGACCGGAACCGAAGUCAAUUGCGAGACUUGGAGAAUGCUGGCCCAUACUCCAUCUAUCGCAACGAAAGUCCUCGGAGAUCCAAGUUGUGGACGGAAGAGAAUAAACCACGAACGUGGCUGCAGUCAUUGAGCAAUAAGCAGCGAAUGGUAUUGAAGGCAGUUGUGGCAGUGGUGACGAUUGGUACCAUGAUUGCGAUUGCGCUGGGGAUCACUGCUGCGGUAGGGGGAGCAGGUUGGAAAUCCAGCGCGGGCAAGACUACACACAGCGAAUAA